AUGUCUGUUCUUAUUCUGCCAGGGCCUCAGGCUCUUUCCCCAUUUAGGGUAGACAACCUGGUCAAAGGCAUCGAAGCAUACUGCAACAGCUCUUCUGUGAUUUCAGAGGUUCGGGCCUGUUUUGUCCAUUACGUGGACGUUGCAGCGGACGCAACACUCUCCGACAAGGAGCGCCAACUCCUCGAUGCUCUCCUUACCUACGACCAGGCACUUGACCCCAACGACGCUUCUUCUCAGCAGCUGAAGUCGGCCGUGGUUUCGGGUUCGAAAGCGCAUCCUGACAACGACACUUACCUUGUGAGAAUUUUGCCAAGACCUGGCACAAUCUCACCUUGGUCUUCCAAGGCUACCAACAUUGCUCGUGUUUGUGGUCUGGACGGCAAGGUCGGGCGUAUCGAGAGAGGUCUUGCCUUGUUGAUCAAGACUGUCCCUGGAUUCCCUCUCACUGAGAACUUGAACGAUGUUUCUCUGAAGUCAUGCUACGACAGGAUGACUCAACAAAUGUUCUUGGAUGAGCCUCCAAAGCUAGACACCAUAUUCUCGCACGACUCACCUAAACCUCUAGGACAUGUCGCGUUGGUCUCUGAUUCCUCUGCUUCUCCAAACGAAAUAUUGUCCAAGGCCAACACUGAGCUUGGUUUGGCGUUAGACAAAGGUGAAAUGGACUACUUGAUUGAUGCUUUCGUCAAGACUCUGCAUAGAGAUCCUUCUGAUGUCGAACUUUUUAUGUUUGCACAGGUCAACUCCGAGCAUUGUCGUCACAAGAUCUUCAAUGCUGAUUGGACCAUUGAUGGACUUCAGAAGCAACUCUCGCUAUUCAAAAUGAUCAGGAACACGCACAAGCACACUCCUGACUUUACUAUCAGCGCCUAUUCGGACAACUCUGCUGUCCUGGACACAGAGCACGAAUCUUACUAUUUCGCUCCUGAUUUCAAGACCAAGGAGUGGAAGGCUGUAAAGGAGCACGUACCCAUGCUCGUGAAAGUGGAAACUCACAAUCACCCCACUGCCGUUUCUCCAUUCCCAGGUGCCGCAACCGGUUCUGGUGGUGAAAUCAGAGACGAGGGUGCCACUGGUAGAGGCUCUAAAUCCAAGUGUGGUUUGAGUGGUUUCUCUGUCAGCGAUCUCUUGAUUCCAGGCUUCAAGCAGCCCUGGGAGCUGGAUGUCGGUAAACCCAACCAUAUCGCAUCUGCUCUUGACAUUAUGAUUGAGGCUCCACUAGGUUCUGCUGCCUUCAACAAUGAGUUUGGUAGACCAUGUAUCAACGGUUACUUCAGAACUUUAACUACUAAGGUUACAAACUCUGACGGAAAAGAGGAAAUAAGGGGAUUCCAUAAGCCAGUAAUGAUUGCUGGUGGUUUUGGUGCUGUGAGACCUCAAUUUGCGCUAAAGAACAAACCUAUCACACCUGGUUCUAGCUUGAUUGUGUUGGGUGGUGAAUCUAUGCUUAUCGGCUUAGGUGGUGGUGCAGCCUCUUCUAUUAACUCGGGAGAGGGUUCAGCUGACCUAGACUUUGCCUCGGUUCAAAGAGGCAAUCCAGAAAUGGAGCGUCGUUGUCAACAGGUUAUUGACGCUUGUAUUUCGCUGGACUCUGGCAACCCUAUCCAGUCUAUUCAUGACGUCGGUGCCGGUGGUCUAUCCAACGCUCUACCAGAGCUAGUACAUGACAACGACUUGGGUGCGAAGUUCGACAUUAGAAAAGUUCUUUCUCUCGAGCCAGGUAUGUCUCCGGUUGAAAUUUGGUGUAAUGAGUCUCAAGAGAGAUACGUUCUGGGUGUUUCCCAACAAGAUUUAGCCCUAUUCGAGGAUAUCUGUAGAAGAGAAAAAGCACCAUAUGCUGUUGUUGGCCACGCCACUGCUGAACAAAGAUUAAUUGUGGAGGAUCCUCUUCUCAAAACAACGCCGAUCGAUCUGGAAAUGUCCAUCCUGUUUGGAAAGCCUCCUAAGAUGACGAGGGAAGCGAUCACGCAACCACUUCAACUUCCUGCCCCAGACCUCAAAGCCGUUCCGUCAUUGGAAGAUGCCGUCCAGAGAGUUUUGUCUUUGCCUUCAGUUGGUUCGAAGUCCUUCUUGAUUACGAUUGGUGACAGAACUGUCACUGGGCUCAUUGACAGGGACCAAUUUGUGGGUCCAUGGCAAGUUCCUGUUGCUGACGUUGGUGUUACUGGUACAGCCUUAGGCGAAGGUAUCUGCAAAACGGGUGAAGCUUUGGCAAUGGGUGAGAAACCAACAAUCGCUCUUAUUUCCGCUGCUGCCUCAGCAAAACUGUCUGUCGCUGAAUCUUUGCUGAAUCUCUUUGCCGCUGACGUCAAGUCUUUGAAGCAUGUGAAACUUUCAGCUAACUGGAUGUCUCCAGCUUCACACCAAGGAGAGGGUUCAAAACUUUACGAGGCUGUCCAAGCCAUUGGUAUGGACUUGUGUCCUGACCUGGACAUCUCAAUUCCAGUUGGCAAGGACUCCAUGUCCAUGAAGAUGAAGUGGAGUGACAAAGAAGUCACUGCACCCCUGACUUUGAACAUCACUGCGUUUGGUCCUGUCGAAGAUACAUCCAAGACAUGGACCCCAGUCUUGAAAAAGGAGGAAGGUACUAUCCUUGUACUUGUUGACUUGGCCGCCAGUCAGGACAAACUCUCCCUCGGUGGUUCUGCAUUGCUUCAGGUUUACAAUCAAGUUGGCAACACCGCCCCUACAGUUCAUAACAACAAAACUUUCAAAAACAUGCUGGAAGCUUUGUUGGAGCUGCACAAGACUGACUUGGUUUACGCUUACCACGAUAGAUCCGAUGGUGGUCUGUUUGUGGCUCUCCUGGAGAUGGCGUUUGCUUCCAGAUCGGGUGUCGACAUCGUCUUGGAUUCCAAGCUUGACAGCUUAACUGAGCUUUUCAACGAAGAGCUGGGCUGCGUCUUUCAAGUUAGCGAAUCUAGGUUGCCAGAAUUUGAAGACGUCCUGAACAAGAAUGGCGUUCCUUCUGAGUACAUUUCGCUUGUCGGUAGACCAAACUUCAAGACUCAGGAUGUUGUAGUGGCAGACAAGUCCGGCCAGGUUUUGUUCAAGAACUCAAGAGCUGCACUACAAAAGACUUGGGCAUCGACAUCUUACCAAGUGCAAAAGAGAAGAGACAACCCACAGGCUGCUGACCAGGAGUACUCCAAUAUUUCGGAUGACAAAGACCCUGGUUUGCAUUAUUCUCUAGCUUACGACCCUACCGAUGACUUGGGAGUGGGCAGCCUCGCUUCAGCUUCCAAACCUAAGGUGGCCAUUUUGAGAGAGCAGGGUGUGAAUGGUCAGAUGGAGAUGGCAUGGUGUUUCCAACAGGCUGGUUUCACCGCGAUUGACGUUACGAUGACUGACCUCUUGGAGGGCAGAUUCCACUUGGACGAGUUUGUUGGCCUCGCGGCCUGCGGUGGCUUCUCCUACGGUGAUGUUUUGGGCGCCGGUGCAGGCUGGGCUAAGUCCGUUUUGUACCAUGAGGGCGUUCGUCAACAAUUUGUCAAAUUUUUCAACGAGAGAGAGGAUACAUUUGCCUUCGGUGCUUGCAAUGGUUGCCAGUUCUUGAGUAGAUUAAAGGAAAUCAUCCCUGGUUGUGAGAAUUGGCCUAGCUUUGAGCGUAACUCUAGUGAACAGUACGAGGCUCGUGUCUGUAUGGUUGAGGUCGCCCAAGAUGAUGGCUGCAAGAACGAGAGUGUGUUCUUGAACGGCAUGGUAGGCUCUAAACUGCCAAUUGCAGUCGCUCAUGGUGAGGGUAGAGCUGCGUUCACCUCGGAAGCAGAGACUAAGGACUUCGAAUCUCAAGGCCUCUGCAGCAUGAGGUAUGUCGACAACUACGGCAACACCACUAGCAAGUACCCAUUCAACCCAAACGGUGCCACUAACAGCAUUGCGGGUGUGAGAUCUCCUAACGGCAGAGUGCUGGCUAUGAUGCCUCACCCAGAGAGGGUCUGCAGACUCGAGGCCAACUCCUGGUACCCACAGGAGAAGUAUGACGAAUGGCAGGGCUACGGUCCUUGGAUCAGAAUGUUCAGAUCUGCAAGGAAGUGGGUUGGUUAG